AUGACAGAUUUUGAGACAGCUUUGCAAAAUGCAUUUGCAACUACAUUUACCCUGAAAUUGUUGCACUUAGUUGCUGGGCCAGUGUUAUCAUCUCCAAUUAAAGAUCAGCCGGCAUUAAUAAAAAAUGUUAAGAGACUGGGUCUAGCACAAUACGUGAAAGAAAAUUUUCAAGCUCAGAUCUGUUUGAAAAUGUGCGCUGCUUUAGCAUUAUUGCCAGUAAAUAAAAUUGAAGAAGGUUUUAAAUUAAUACGCCGCCAUGCCAUAGAUAAUAAUGUUAGAUUUGCUACAUUUUUUAACUAUUAUUCAAACUAUUGGCUACGAAACAGAGGAGCUGAAGUUUUUUCUGUAAAUGGUUUACCUAGAAGGACCAACAAUAAUGUUGAAUGCUUUCAUUCCCAAUUGAAGGACAAAUUCCAAAUCCUUCAUCCUAAUUAA